AUGGAGAGCGGCGCCGACGGGCGCCUGGACGCCGCCGCCUUCCUCGGGGCCUGGCGGCGCUUCGACGCCGACGGCAGUACCAUUAAUAUAUUUGCUCUUUAUUUAGACAAUGGCUACAUAGAAGGGAAGGAGCUUGACGAUUUUUUUCAUCAUCUCCUGGAGAAACUGGGACCAGAAAGCACCAUCACAGAAGAAGAAGUUCAGAGGAUGAAGGAGCAAUUCAUGUCUGUCUAUGAUGUCACCACAGAUGGACGCUUGCAAAUCCAGGAGCUUGCAAAUAUGAUGUUGCCGGAUGAUGAGAAUUUCCUACUGCUUUUCCGACGGGAAACUCCCUUGGACAACAGCGUGGAAUUCAUGCGGAUCUGGCGCAGUUACGAUGCUGACAGCAGUGGAUUUAUUUCAGCUGGUGAACUCAAAGAUUUCCUGCGAGAUCUCUUUCUGCAGCAUAACAAGAUGGUUGCUGAGGUGAAGCUGGAAGAAUAUACUGAUACUAUGAUGAAAAUCUUUGACAAAAACAAAGAUGGACGACUGGACCUGAAUGACCUGGCAAGGAUUCUGGCACUCCAGGAAAAUUUCCUUCUACAAUUCAAGAUGGAUGCUUCCAGCACAGAAGAAAGGAGGAGAGAUUUUGAGAAGAUCUUUGCACACUACGACGUUAGUAAAACAGGAGCGCUUGAAGGCCCAGAAGUGGAUGGGUUUGUCAAAGACAUGAUGGAACUGGUCAAGCCCAGCAUUAGUGGGGUAGACCUGGACAAGUUCCGCCAGAUCCUGCUCAACCACUGCGAUGUGAACAAGGAUGGGAAAAUUCAGAAAUCUGAACUAGCUUUGUGUCUUGGGCUGAAAAUUAACCCAUAGUUGGGAAAGUGCUUGUGGUUGUGUUUCCCUUGAAAGAUUUGCCUGCUGCUCCUCGUAGAAGUGUGUUCUGUGCUGCUGUAGGAGUGGUGGGGAGCUGAGGCACCAUGCUGCCAGGCUGGAGAGUGGGAUUUACACGGCGGCUUCCUCACUCCACCAACUCCUUUGUGAUGUUCACUUGCUGCUGCCUCUUGUGGGUCUCCCUAGCAAUGUCUGCUCAGAGGACAGGUUGCUGUUAUUCUCAUGAAACACUGCCCUGCCCAUUCUCCCAGGAUAGGAACAAGCAUCUCCUCAAAAACAUCCCCUCAGUGCUUUCAGAGUGCAGCUACUAGGUGUUUCUGAUGGUCACUUUGUAUGUGUGAAGUCAUUACUUUGGUGAACAUUGUGCCAUGUGCAUUUGCAAUAUUGGAUGGAUGACUGUGUAUUUGUGC